AUGGAGGGCAGCUCCUCCGAGUGCAACAUCAAGGUGAUGUGCCGCUUUCGGCCAAGGAGCACUGCUGAGAAGACGGACACGGCGGCUGCCAGUCCGGCUCGUCUCUGCGGCGAUGGCGACACCGUGCUGUUCGGGUGAGGGAAGCCGUUCGUCUUCGACCGAGUCUUCUCCUCGGAGGCCAUGCAAGAGCAAGUUUACAACGCGUGUGCCCGAGCAAUCGUAAAAGAUGUCCUGGAAGGCUACAAUGGGACGAUAUUCGCCUACGGUCAGACAUCGUCCGGAAAAACUCACACGAUGGAGGGAGACCUCAACGACCCGGAGCUCAUGGGCAUCAUUCCGAGGAUUGCGCGGGACAUUUUCAACUACAUUUACUCCAUGGACGAGCACUUGGAGUUCCACAUCAAGGUUUCCUACUUUGAAAUAUACUUGGAUAAAAUCCGAGACCUCUUAGACGUGGAAAAGGUGAACUUGUUGGUUCACGAGGACAAGAACAGGGUUCCCUACGUCAAGGGCUGCACGGAGAGGUUCGUCUCCAGUCCGGAGGAGGUGAUGGACAUCGUGGACGAGGGGAAGUCGAACCGGCACGUGUCCGUCACAAACAUGAACGAGCAUAGCUCGCGAAGCCACUGCGUGUUCCUGAUCAGCGUCAAGCAGGAGAACAUCCUCACGGAGACCAAGCUCAGCGGGAAGCUCUACCUGGUGGAUCUCGCCGGCAGCGAGAAGGUGAGCAAGACGGGAGCCGAGGGAGCUCUGCUGGACGAAGCGAAAAACAUCAACAAGUCGCUGUCGGCGCUGGGCAACGUCAUAUCCGCGCUGUCCGAGGGAAACAAGGCGUACGUGCCGUACCGCGACAGCAAGAUGACUCGCGUGCUCAAGGACUCGCUGGGCGGCAACUGCCGCACGACCAUCAUCAUCUGCUGCUCGCCCUGCGCCAGCAGCGAGGCGGAGACCAAGUCCACGCUGAUGUUCGGACAGAGGGCGAAAAUGAUCAAGAACACGGUGACGGUGAACCUGGAGCUGACGGCCGAGCAGUGGAAGAAGAAAUACGAGAAGCAGAGGGAGCGGAACAAGAGCCUGCAGGGCACCAUCCGCAGCCUCGAGGCCGAGCUCCAGCGGUGGCGCAAUGGUACGGCAGGUCGGAGGUCGUGGGCUGCCCCCCCCCCCCCCAUUGUUUGUAGCCUGGUGGGCGUCUACCCCGGACUGGACGACGCGGAGCCUCGCGUCGUCGAGGAGCGGCUCCGCAAGCUCUACCGCCAGCUCGACGACAAGGACGAUGACAUCACCCAGCAGGCUCUGCUGGUGGAGAAGCUGAAGCAGCAGCUGAUGGAGCAGGAUGAGAUGCUGGCGUGGUCGCGGCGGGACGACGCCGGCCUGCGGGAGGAGCUGGCGCGGCUGCAGCGGGAGAACGAGGCGUCGCGCGACGAGGUCAAGGAGGUGCUGCAGGCGCUCGAGGAGCUGGCGCUCAACUACGACGCGCGCUCGCAGGAGGCGGAGGAGGGAGCCAAGGAGGUGGCGCUGCUGCGCCUCGAUCUCCAGCGCAAGACGGCACGGCUGAGCACGGUGGAGGCCGAGCUGCUCCGCCUGCACGAGUCGAGUUCCUUCCAGCGCAAGAAGACGGCCGAGAGCGCCGCUCUGCUGCUGCGCGACGUCGCCGAGAUCCACGCCGCCCUCGGUGGCGCCGCAGACGGCAAGCAGCAGGCGGGCUGUGCGGAGGACGACCUGUCCACGGUGCGCCUCGUCCUCACCAAGCUCAAGUCGGAGGCCAAGUCGGCGACGCGCCGCGCCUCGCAGCUCGAGGCGGAGCACGCCGACGCGGAGCGGCGAGCGCGGGCGACGGCGCUGGAGCUGGAGGGCGCGCGUCUCGUCACGUCGCAGCACGAGUCCAAGGUGCGAUCGCUCUCCGAGUACCUGCAGGCGUCCGAGCAGAGCAAGCGGCAGCUGCAGGAGGCCCUCGAUGCCCUCGACGAGGAGGUUGUGACGCUGCGAGCACAAGGUGAAGCGCGCGCCGUGGCCUUCAGAGACCAGGAGCAGGAGCAUCUCGACAAGAUGCAGAGCGAGAGGGAGAUGAAGUUCUUCGAUGAAUGUCAUGUUGGAUCCAGUGACUCCGGUUAUCUCCCGGCAGCGUCCGUGAUCGAAGCUGUGGCUGCUUCUGGUAGCGCUUAUGACGAUAUGCGAGCGUCGUCCCUUGUGCGCCAAGUGCAGUAUGCACGUAACGAGUUAGGUGCCAGAGAUUUGGACUGA